AUGGACUCAAACUUCACCCCAAUCAGGAUCUCCCCCCCGAGAUGUCCCAAGACGGGCGUCGACGAGGAAGCCUGCAGCAUAUACCUCCAAGACCUCCGAGACAACAUCUUCGCCAAGCAGGUCGCCCUCGACGGCAUCCGUAAUCUGACGCGGUAUAGCAAGGAUGAAGUGGUGAAUCUGGCCGCGUUUAUCGAACGACUCAAGCUCAACGACGCUAGCCCCGAUAUCGUGAGACGGUUUGAGACGGAGUUGGACAAGAUGUUCAUCUUUAUCUAUAAACUGUUUGUUGAAGGCAUCUCGGCUAUGGUGAAGCAAGACUUUCUGGGCGCGGAGGAUGUUGAGGAACGUGUGAGAGAUGUCAUCAAGUUUGAGAUGGGUAAUGAAUUCGACUCCUCCGACUUGUCUAUGCCGGCGAGCACUUCCACUGUUCGGCCUGAGAAGCAGUACAGGGCCUGA